GUGCUUUACAUAUAUUUACACACGAUGAAGUUGGGAAUAAAAAUGUUAAAUUGUGAAAAUGAUGAUAAUGUUGUUUUAGUGUAAGGGCUGUUUGAAAAGACCGGCAGAAAUGUAAGCCUGAUUUGGUGACAUCACCAGGCGGUAUAAUUUAUUAGAUCAAUAACAAAGAGAGUUCCAAACCUCUCUGCUAACAACAGCUAGUUUUUAGGUUACAUAUGGAGGGAUUAAGCUCGUCCAAUUAGGCCCCUCACCCAGACCACUCCCAGACAGUCCCAGCACAAUUAUUGCUUGAGAAAUUGCUCUUUGCUAAGAAGCAAUUAUUUUUUAAUUUUGACCAUUUCAAUUUUUUAAUAACAGUAAGGUACUUAAUUGUUACCCAGAAAUGAUUUGAUAUUGGGAUAAAAACAGCUGCAUUGGGCCUUUAAAUAAUGCAGUCAAGCUAUAAAAGUGCAGUAGAGAAUGAAUACGAGGUUAGAGCAUGUUGUACUGUGCUUGAGUCGGUAUAUAAAUCCAUCAUGUGAUACUGACCACCUCCUGUUCUCAGACGUGUGUGAUAUGAACUUUGAGCGUACUAUAAACAUGUAGGUGGGCCCUGUGUCACGAAGAGAUCGAGUCAUCAGCCAGGAAGUGCAGCUCAAACUCAAACGAAAUAAAGUCCUCCAAAGUGUUGAAGCUUUUGUCACAUAUGUACAGUGUAACAAAACCUUUCCAAAUGUUUACACCAUCUAAUGAAUAAUGAUUCCUAAACCUCCUGCCUAUAAUCACUCUAACAUUAUGAUUUGAACUUUAAUAUUCCCAAUUUUGCUGAGGUGAUUGCUUCCUUUAAUUGAAAGACAAUUCUAGUGUCUUAUCCCGUCAAAACACCAGAGAGAGAAAAUGUGGAACUUCCAUCAUAAAACCUCUCUUAAAGUGUCAUUAGAAGGAUGAAUGACUUGGUGGUAGCCCACCUCAGCCCACUUAUCCAUGGCUUCUCACUAAGGCUCCAAUUAACUCCCAGAUCACGCAUGCAUGUGGCAUUUCACUAAAAGCAUCGGCACACGGCUUAUGUAGCACGCCAGUACUCCCGUGUGUUUUGUUUGCACCGCAACCGGAAAUAAGGACUUUCCAAGUUGACCCAGAGUCAGAUCUCCUGCUGUCUUCCUUUCCGUGACUAUUCAGCUUGAAUGAAGCUGGGCUGUACUCAUGGCUGUGCAGCAGUCUGACUCAUUCACUCAGGAAUAUGGUUAUACCCGAACUGCUUGAAAUAGGAUUGUAGUUAUCCCUGAGAUGUGAUUUAGGAUAUGCAAAUUCUCCUAGAAGUUCUGUAAGAAAUUCUGAUAUCUGAAUAAAGUAAAGGUUCUUUGCACAAGGUUGAAAAUAGAGGAGAUCCCCCAAAAUGUUGGGGGGGUUUAAACAACCAAUUGUUUCAUUAUGAAUAGGGUCCGUUUUUACUAACCUAUGACCUACUCAGUAAACAUUUAUCUUGCAACAGAAAAGAAUCAACCAAAUAGCCUGUUUCUUGAACAUGUGUUUACUUGCUUACUCCUGGACUUGCUUUCUUACCAAGAAAUAUGUCUGAUAAUAUCUCUGAAAGGUUUAGUCACAGUUCCUGUUGUUUUGUUAAUACCAGCUUUAACCACAGACCAGAGGCCUAAUCCAAGGUUGUUCAUAAAACCACCUUUUCAGUUCUUGACAAAGUUUAUUCAGAUGGAUUAUUAAUAUAUUAAUGAAAUAUUGUUGUUUUUAUUUAUUAUGUUUUUGUAUAGGGGAUUUAAAAACAAAGGAACAGAUUGAUGCACUGCCAAAGAGGAAGGUCUAGGUUAUAGCCUCUGUGGACAUGAAAGAACCCUCCCUCCAGUGUAAAAUCCCUGAAGAAUGAUGUGUAACAAUGUACAUUUCAAUUCACAUUUUAUGCAAAUGAUGAAUCCGUCCAAUAGAAAUCAGCAUGUGACAGUCAGACAGUGUUCAAUCACUUCCAUUGGAACGCUAAUAAACUAUUUGGCCGUCCCCCUUAGAUAGACUGACGUACUGUAUUUGAGAGCAAACAGAUGCGCAUCUAAACAUCGAGGGCUGCACAAACUACAUCACUCUACAAAAGAUGGAUACUACAAUCCUCAACGUGUUUCUGGCUACAGUGCUGCUCAUGGGCUGUGUAUGUGUGGUACCUCUCCAAGGUCAGAAGCCAGGACAGGUGGACCCCCUGACUCUGAGCAGGGCAUCACAGUGCUGGACCUCCUCCUCAGAGCUCCUGCUGGAGAUGCGCUCCCCGAGGAUCGCUGACACCGUGCCUGCCUUCUGGGACCUGAUGGUGUUCCUCAAGUCGUCAGACAACAGGAAGCACAGUGCUCUAUUCUGGGACCUGGCCCAGGUCUUCUGGGACAUCUAUGUGGAUUGUGUCCUGUCCCGGACCCAUGGACUGGGGAGGCGGCAGCUAACUUGGCCCCAUGAGCAGAUCACUGCAACGCGCUCACUCGUCACUGACAAAUCUUUUGUUCAGGACUCACAGACUAACGUCUCCAAACUGAAGGAGUCAUCUCAGGGAUGGCUAAAGAUCCAGGUUCAGCACUUUGGACCAGGCAUUUUAAAUCACAUCACUCGCACCAGGGGGAUCAAGAGUAGAUCUAUUCUUUAACCACACAUUAUAAUUCAACCAAGUCCAUAUGUCCUAUUGACUUUUUCUACCUUUGAUGUGUUGAAUAAAAAAUAUUACCAUCUGUG